CGUGGGAACGCCCGAAUCUGAGAAGCUGUCUGGGGAGACGUGAGAGCGGCAGCUUCCUAUGACCCAACAAAACCAAGCAUCUUCCAACUUCCGGAAUCUCUCUCUCAAAUCAAACGCCAUUACAACUACGCCAAGGUCCAAUAGCAAGAAAGAAAUCUCUCCCCUUCGAGUAGAGGUCGGAUUCAGAGAAUGGCGCCGGUGAGGCGGAACUCCGGCGAUUUCGCCGGUUUCAAAUUGCUCUUUUGCUUAGCGAUUAUCUACGCUCUUAUGUCUACGCUUGUGUACUUCGUCAUUCAUAUGAAGUUCGUCCAGCCCCUCGGCUUGGACGCUCCGCUUGACCGCUUCUCGGAGGCCAGGGCCGUCGAGCACGUCCGAGUUCUCGCCAAAGAGAUCGGUGGUCGCCAGGAAGGGCGUCAAGGUUUACAAGAUGCUGCCAAAUACAUCAAAGCGCAGCUUGAAAUAAUGAAGGAGCGGUCUAGAACUGAUGUUAGGAUUGAGAUUGAGGACACCAUAGUCAAUGGCACCUUCAACAUGAUGUUUUUAGGCUAUAGCAUGUCUCUGGGAUAUAGAAACCAUAUAAAUAUUAUUAUGAGGAUAUCAGCUGUAAGUUCAAGCGACACAGACCCAUCAGUUCUAGUGAAUGGCCAUUUUGAUAGUCCACUGGGUUCUCCAGGCGCUGGUGAUUGUGCUUCAUGUGUUGCAUCCAUGCUGGAAGUUGCAAGGCUUACAGUUGAUUCGGGCUGGGUUCCUCCUCGACCACUUAUAUUUUUGUUUAAUGGUGCGGAAGAACUUUUUAUGUUGGGUUCACAUGGUUUCAUGACAACACACAAAUGGCAUGAUAGAAUUGGAGCUUUCGUAAAUGUUGAAGCAUCUGGAACAGGAGGCCUUGAUGUAAUCUGCCAAUCUGGACCUGGGUCCUGGCCUUCGCUUAUCUAUGCUCAAUCAGCUUUAUACCCUAUGGCAAAUAGCGCAGCUCAGGAUGUUUUUCCUGUUUUUCCUGGAGAUACAGAUUACAGAAUGUUUGCCAAUGAUUAUGGCAAGAUUCCUGGUCUGGAUAUGAUCUUUCUCCUUGGCGGUUAUUUUUAUCACACCUCUUAUGAUACAAUUGAUAGGUUAAUACCUGGAAGUAUCCAAACCCGUGGGGACAAUUUGUUCAGUAUAAUUAAAGCCUUUACCAAUUCUUCUAUGUUACAGAAUACUUUUGAACGAGAAUCUCUUAGAGCUGUUGCUGAUGUAUCCAAUGAUGAACAGGCUGUCUUCUUUGAUUAUUUAUCAUGGUUCUUGAUAUUCUACUCCAGAAGGCAAGCUGUGGUACUUCACAGCAUUCCUGUUUCUAUCUAUCUCUUUAUGCCCUUUUUAUUGCGCUUAACAAAUAUUGGGUUUUCUUGCUGGAUUGCAACAUUCUAUGACUUCAUUAAAGGAACUUUGCUCCACGCUAUCGGAAUCAUACUUGCAAUUGCUCUUCCAAUGAUGUUUUCUGUCUUCAGAUUGCUAUUCUCUGAGCAUUCCAUGAAUUGGUUUGCUCAUCCAUUCUUGGCUUUCAUGAUGUUUAUACCAUGCUCACUUCUCGGUCUUCUGAUCCCAAGGAUUAUUUGGAGAGGCUUUCCUCUAUCUCAAGAUGUUUCAGCUCUUAAAACAUCAAAAGAGGAACUGGCUGUUGAAGCUAGGUUUUGGGGAGCAUAUGGCUUUUAUGCCCUCUUGACUUUUGCUUAUCAUGUAGCUGGUUUGAGUGGAGGUUUCUUGACUCUUUCCGUGUCAGUAUUUAUGCUUCCUGCAUGGAUCUGCUUCUGCCUAUCAUUCAACUCUUUUGGUCAUCAAUCACUCAGUUUCAGGUCAAUAGCAUGUUAUGUGGUUCCUCUAUUACCUUGCCUUUUGUACUCCGUCUACUUUGGUGGAUUUCUUGCACAGUUCUUAAUUGAGAAAAUGGGCAUGAUGGGUUCUCUGCCACCACCUUAUGGGUAUUUCAUUCCUGACAUUGUUGUAGCAGCAGUUGUUGGAGUUGUAACUGGUUGGUGCGUUGGACCUCUUAUACCUGUCCUUGGCAAUUGGUUAGCCAGAUCAUCCAUUAUGCUAUUCUUGUUGCAUCUUACUGUGCUUGCUUUGGCACUGUCAUCGCAAUUCUUUCCCUAUAGCAUUGAUGCUCCUAAAAGGAUUGUUUUCCAGCAUACAAUUUUGACUGCAGAUGCAAGUCGUAUAGAGGAUUCCAGUCAUGAUUUUUCUGUAGUCGAUUCAAACUCUUUACAUUUUGUUUUCAAGCAUGCACCUGAAGUGGCAAAGGAAUUGGGUAUUGAUUUGCACCUAGCUUUGGAAACUGCUAAUUUAUCUCACCAAGAGAAAUGGAUGGUAAUUUACCCAGUGUCUUACUUGUUUUCAAGAAGCUUGAAAUUCCCUGCAAAACAUGAUGAUACCUUGAAACAAUACAAAUACUUCCCCCAUUUGUCAAGUUAUACGCCUCAAAUUAUUUCUGAUCAGGGACCUCGGAAACUAAACCUGGAGUUAUCCUUGGGGUCUUUAAAGGAGGUUUGGGUGGCAGUCCUCAACAUUACUGGCCCUCUAUCUAAUUGGUCACUAGCAAACAAUGUGCUUCCAGCCCCUGAAAGAUUGAAUGGCGGUCCUCCUUCGUAUAUGUGUAGACUUAGUGGAGCAAGCCAGGAUAAUUGGACCUUUUGGUUAGAGGCAAGCAGUUCAGAAGCUAUAAGGAUUGAAGUUGCUGUGUUAGACCAGUAUUUGUGGGAGUCAGCAAGUAAGUUGAAGGGUCUUUUUCCAGAGUGGAUGGAUGUCAUUGCCUAUACGAGUUUUAUGUCAAGUUACGUCUUUUAAUACUCUUCUACAGUUUUCCAUUUUGUAAAGACUAAAGAUUGGGGGAAAAAGAAAAAUAGAAGAAAACUUUUUCGUUUCCUUUUUGUAUUAACCAUUUUGAUGAGAUGGAUACAUGCUUAAUGCUUUUAGUAAUGUUAUUUUGAUAGAAUAAGGUGUAAGAAUUAUAUUGUGCCUUACAUGAUAAUUAAUAAAAAAAUAUAUUUUUAUCUAA